UAUCCUGUCCAUUCAUUAGAGAUACGGAUUGGAAGAGGCAACCCUCUCUCUCUCUCUCAGUCUCUGUUACACUUAACACCCUCUCAGUCUCUCUCUUUCUCUACCUCCCACAAUGGCGAUAUCUUCUGCUCUUCAUUGUCGCCCUCAAAUCAAAGGACUGCCUCCUCUGCUUCGCAAGCAACCAAACCUCGGUAUCUCUGAAAGGUUCAUGUGCCUGACCAAAAGGAGAACACUUGAUGGCUCGAUAAUGCGAUGUGGUACAUACUGUUUGCUGGAGGUUGCAGCAGGCACAAGUGCUGAACUCUCACCAUCAAAUGCAUUUAUAUCACAAAGUUUAUUUGAUAUAUCGAAGACUACUCAGAGUUUCCAUAUUGACAUACCAAAGGCAUCACAAACCAUUUCAGACUACAUGCAAAGAAUCAUGAUAGCAGACCUGGAUCCAUCAUCGGCUAAGCUGGCAAUAGGGGUCUUGGGGCCAUUACUCUCAGCAUUUGCCUUUCUUUUCAUUGUUAGAAUAGUUAUGUCUUGGUACCCCAAGCUACCUGUGGGGAAGUUCCCAUAUGUUAUAGCUUAUGCUCCAACAGAACCUAUUCUUGUACCAACCCGAAAGUUGAUUCCACCUCUUGGAGGAGUGGAUAUAACUCCUGUGGUCUGGUUUGGACUGCUAAGUUUCCUAAACGAAAUCUUACUAGGACCACAAGGGCUUCUUGUGCUCCUCUCUCAACAGGUUUAGCUGUUUGACAAACAACAGAGAGGGAGAUGAAGGAUUGUAAAUAUUGAGAUGAAAUUUUGUAUUUUCAUUUACCUGAAGAUUGGUGGCUGCAAACACAACAUUAUUUAUUGUUGUA